AAUAUUCAAACCAUUGCUUAUCGAAGGUUUUCUCGAUUUUAUAGAAGUCGUCAUCACAUCUCUAAAUGACGGACCGUUUAUACAUGGAACAUGAAGUAGGUGCUAAGCCAAUGCUCCCACCAGGUACCACAUGUGAUCAAUUUGUUCUUCAAAAAAUGCUGAGUGGUGGCGGUUUUGGGCAGAUUUUUGAGGCUUCUAUUUAUGGAAGUUCGAAUGAGAAAAGUGUGGUGAAAGUUGAAGGCCAAAAUGCUAUGUUUCAACUUUUAUACAAUGAAUGUUCUUGUCUUAAAAGUUUGAAUACGGCAUUCAAUCCAAACAAUUUGCCUGGAGCAUCCCCAUUUCUUCGUUUCCAUGGCUAUGGGGGCAUUGAUGGAUUUCGUUGGUUGGCAAUGGAAAGGUGUGGAGAGAAUCUCAGUGAUUUGAGAAAGGACACUCCAUUGGGUCGCUUCAGUGUUACAACAUCUCUGUUCAUUUUCUACAAAUUCAUUGAAGCCCUUCAAAUGAUGCACAGCAUUGGUUGGCUUCAUCGUGACGUGAAACCGGCAAAUGUUUGCGUUGAUCUUAAAUCGAGACGUCAUCUCUACUUGUUAGAUUUCGGAAUGAGCAAAAUUUAUGUGGAAAAGGAUGGGACAUUGAAAGCAAGAAGAACAUCUGCUCCAUUCAGAGGAACUCUUAGAUAUGUCUCUGUCAAUAUUCAUCGUAGACAGGAUGCAAGCCGCUGGGAUGAUAUCUGGAGUGCAUUCUACAUUGCCACUGAGAAUAUGGUCGGACAUUUGCCAUGGCGUCGAAUGGGAGAUGCGAUGAAAGUUGAAGAGAAAAAAGUUUCUUCUGAUCUUUCUCGUCUCAUAUAUGGAUCGGACCGUAGUCGGCCCAAAUGCAUGGAAUACAUUGAAAAUGAAUUGAACAACUCACAAUCUGAUCCUUCAUACUUUUAUGUGCCACCAGCCUACGACAAGAUGCUUCAACAAAUUGCUGGUGACCUUCGUCUUCGGAACUUGUCAAUGGAUACGGUUUGCUUAGAUUGGAUGACUCGACAAUACAAACCAACUGAUCAAUACGUGGCUCAUAAUCCAUACGCUGUUUUGAGUCGUCGUGUAAAUGCUAUUACUCCUCAGAAAAUGCACAAGAAGAUGGACAAAAUUGAACGACAAUUUGAGAGAUCUGUAUGCUUCUACUAGUGAAAUGAAUGACUUACUUUU